AUGGCCUCGACCAGGGAUCUAGCCAUAGCUUCUCUCUCAGCUGCGGCCGGCGCCGUUGCUGCCGCAGCUGCGCUGCGCCUCCUGUCUUGCCGCAGAACAUCCUCCGUCAGGCCCCAGAACCUUUCCCUCGCCGCCAACGGAUCCGCCUCCGAGCGCCUGCUGGCGCAGUGGCCCUUCGAUCCUGCCAAGAGGGAAGGGUAUAUUUCCUGGGACGACUACUUCAUGGCGAUCGCCUUCCUUUCGGCUGAGCGGUCCAAGGAUCCUAAUCGGCAGGUUGGAGCAUGUUUGGUUAGCCAAGAGGGAAUAAUCCUAGGAAUUGGCUACAAUGGCUUCCCUAGAGGUUGUUCCGAUGACAAGCUUCCAUGGGCAAAGAAAUCUGCAAAUGGAAAUCCAUUAGAAACAAAAUUUCCUGCAAGAUACCUGUUGGUCUUGGCACCUGUGAUAAGCGACAAUGGCAGUGUCGCAGCGUUCUCAGUUGCUGAUAGCCUGACACCAGAUACUCCUAACAUCUGUUGUAUAACUGUGGUGGUGCCCAAUGACACCAGGUUUGAUACAAACUCCAGGGCAUGGCUCAGCAACAAAUCCAAGCCAGAGGCCAGAAAACUUGCCACAUGGAAAGCUAAACUGUCUGACACACUUGCAAUUUCGAUUACAGAUAGAGAUCAAGAAACAAACUCGUUAAGCUUCGCCGCUUCAGCUUACCAGAGCUUCAGCGUGCAAAAUAGAAACAACCUUCUAUCUGAUACUCCCUGCCCCAGCUGA